GGGAUGCCGGGAUUCGAGCCACCAUCCUUCUGCAUGCAAAGCAAACUUCCUACCUCCAUGCUCUCUCCUGCCCCAGCUAAUUUUAUUUUUAAACGUAUCCCUUUACUAGGAUUGGACUUUUGAAAUAUUUCAACCAUGACUAAAAGAGAAGCAGAGGAGCUGAUAGAAAUUGAGAUAGAUGGAACAGAGAAAUCAGAAUGCACAGAGGAAAGCAUUGUAGAACAAACCUAUGCCCCAGCUGAGUGUGUGAGCCAAGCCAUUGACAUCAAUGAACCAAUCGGCAAUUUAAAGAAGCUUCUAGAACCAAGACUACAGUGUUCCUUGGAUGCACAUGAAAUUUGUCUACAAGAUAUCCAGCUGGAUCCAGAACGAAGUUUGUUUGAUCAAGGAGUAAAGACAGAUGGCACUGUACAGCUUAGUGUACAGGUAAUUUCUUACCAAGGAAUUGAACCAAAGCUAAACAUCCUUGAGAUUGUCAAACCUGCUGAAACAGUGGAAGUGGUCAUUGACCCAGAUGCCCACCAUGCUGAAGCAGAAGCACAUCUUGUGGAGGAAGCUCAAGUGAUCACCCUGGAUGGCACAAAACACAUUACAACCAUUUCAGAUGAAACCUCGGAACAAGUUACAAGAUGGGCUGCUGCGCUAGAAGGUUACCGGAAAGAACAAGAGCGCCUUGGGAUACCCUAUGAUCCUAUACAGUGGUCCACAGAUCAAGUCCUACAUUGGGUAGUUUGGGUAAUGAAAGAAUUCAGCAUGACUGAUAUAGACCUCACCACACUCAACAUUUCCGGAAGAGAGUUAUGCAGUCUCAACCAAGAAGAUUUUUUUCAGCGGGUUCCUCGGGGAGAAAUUCUCUGGAGUCAUCUGGAGCUUCUUCGAAAAUAUGUAUUGGCAAGUCAAGAACAACAGAUGAAUGAGAUAGUAACAAUUGAUCAGCCCGUACAAAUUAUUCCAGCAUCAGUGCAGUCUGCAACACCAACUACAAUUAAAGUUAUAAAUGGUAGUGCAAAGGCAGCCAAAGUACAAAGAGCUCCAAGAAUUUCAGGAGAAGAUAGAAGUUCACCUGGGAACAGGACAGGAAACAAUGGCCAGAUCCAGCUAUGGCAGUUUUUGCUAGAGCUUCUAACUGACAAGGAUGCUCGAGACUGCAUCUCAUGGGUUGGUGAUGAAGGCGAGUUCAAGCUGAAUCAGCCUGAACUGGUUGCACAGAAAUGGGGACAACGUAAAAAUAAACCUACAAUGAACUAUGAGAAACUCAGUCGUGCAUUAAGGUAUUAUUAUGAUGGGGACAUGAUUUGUAAAGUUCAGGGCAAAAGAUUUGUGUACAAGUUUGUCUGUGAUUUGAAGACUCUUAUUGGAUACAGUGCAGCAGAGUUGAACCGGUUGGUCACAGAGUGCGAACAGAAGAAACGGGCAAAAAUGCAGCUCCAUGGAAUCGCCCAGCCAGUCACAGCAGUAGCCCUGGCUACUGCCUCUCUGCAGACAGAAAAAGAUAAUUGAAGCUCAGGAGCUUCUGGGAGUUCAAGGUCUUUCUUAAAUAUUAGAGCGAGUAUUGCUCUGACCUUUAUUAUUGAAUUUGAAUCUUUUAUUUCUAGACUGUACAAUCUGAUGCAUGAUUUUUUUAUAAAUAUUUCAUACUCUUGUGAAUUUGGAUCUUUUUACUUUGAGCAUAUAUUUUAGGAUAUGUGUAUGUUAAAGGAUCACCACAAUGUCUUCAGUGUGAAGGCCAGGUAAUUGUGGGAUAGUUUGCUAACAGUCAGAAAAGCUUAACUGGUCAGUAUUAAUGUCUAGCCCUACCAAAAAAUAGCCAGUAGCACCUGAGAAUUUAAAAAGUAAAUGAAGUUCCUCCAGGAAAAAGUCUGGCUUAACUAUUUUUGAAAAUCGAACUUUUUUUCUCUGCUGAGUUAGAUGUUGCUUUACAUAGAACCAGGAAACUCUUCACAGCUAAAGCAUGUGUGCCUGCAUCAUCUAAUCAAGCAGAGCUAAAAAUACUCAUAUCAAAUAAAAAUAUAAUAUUACUAAGCUACGAGUAUCAAGUUAUUAAUUUAUAUAUUUGCAAGCAAAAGACAGUAUGAAGUUGACUGGCAAAAAAGCAGUGCUGGAGGAGGAAACCCAGGUGUGAAUCUGGCUUACCUGAAGCUAAUUUUAAGGUUUUUCUGUAUAGAUUAAUCAUAAUGUCAGACCAAGAAUUUAAAUUAUUUUAUGAGAGGCAUUCAAUUCUAAUAAACCAACUAUUAAAAAAUU